AUGGAUGUACCCGCGUAUUUUGAGACGAGCUGGUCCAUUCUAAGUACUAUCGGGAUCUUCCUGACCUUCGCCUCUAUCUCAGUCAUAGCCAUCACACAUGCAUGUAUCCUGAACUUUGUACCUCUCGUUGUCUCAGCGAGCUGUGCCAUAGCAAACGGGAUGUGCUGGUUCGCAUACUACACAAAUGGGUCGAUUACACCGAGACUAGCUUGCCUGUAUCUUCGCGGAAAUAUUCUGGCUGGGCCCGGGAUCUCCUUCUAUAGUUAUUUAAUCAUUUCACGUAUCCUCCACGGACGCCAACUCAUGAUCUUUCUGGUCAUCUUUUGGGCUUUAAUCCUCGAUAUUCUCGGGCUUCGCAUCACCAUCACAGUGUAUAGAGCGAUGCAGCUUGCAAGGGGAAAUCUCUCCGAACAGCACAGGAUCAGCCACUUACACACUGGAUACUUUGUUUCUCUUGCGCUGCUAGAGACCUGGAGUUCAUUCUUCCUCAUUAAACAGCUAGCACGGGCUUAUCUGAGAUCCCCCUAUGUUUCGUCUUCUCGCGAGACUUUUCUUUAUUUAACACGAAGCGCCGAGUUACGCCUGGCCAGUCUUUUCUGCAUUGGCAUUGCGCGCGCAGUCACGUACUCCAGCAGAGUGCAACUACUGUUGCAUCCCAAAUUGAUCGAUUUGUAUACACGCUUGAGUGUCUCUUUCCACCUGGAUAUACUCGCCUCGAAACGAGAGAGGCCGCAAAAGUCAAGACUCGAUCCCUAUGAUAUCUAUCCAGAAGACACAUUCUCAUCUCCGCAUCAUUCUCAGUGGAUCGGCUCGUUUCAAAGUAAAUCUGGGACACGGCCAGGGAGCGGCCAGGGCGAUAAAGAUGGCAACCUGCAAGAGUUUGUAUAA